CGUCUAAGUAUGUCUGUGGAGUUGGAGCUGCCCUUCCGACCGGACACUCAGCUGACGGAGGUGAUGCGCCUGCGGGUUCAGUCUCUGCAGCAACGAGGCCAGAAGAGGCAGGAUGGAGAGCGCCUGCUCCUGCCCAAUGAAGCUGUGUACCGGCUGGACUUCUCCAAACAGUCCCUCCGAUUUUUGCGGUGGACUGUGCAGCUGGCUCAGGCGGGACGCCUCACCAUCACGGCCACCUCGCAGCUCUGGACGCCUGACCUCACCAACCUGAUGACACGUCAGCUGCUGGAGCCUGCUGGGGUUUUCUGGAGGGCAGCAGACGAUGCCAGUAACACACCCGUCCAGUGCUAUGAGGCAGAUGCACACGAGUUUGGCGAGAGGAUCGCUGAGUUGGCAACAGUAAGGAAGGUGAUGUACUUCCUGUUUGCAUUUGCAGAAGGCUGCAGCCCUGAGACCGUUGACUGCUCUAUUGCCUUCACAGCGGAUAGUUGA